AUGGAUACUACGAUGGCAAAACGAACAGUGAUAGAAACAUCACUCUACUACGAUGAAAAUGUUGUAAAUUAUGUAGCGAUUCAUCCAGAAGACAAUAUUUUUUUACAUACAAACCGUGUGGAAAUUCUGAAUAAAUAUGGUGUCGUCGAAUUCGAAGUUAUUCUUAAACCAACCGUUACAUUAGGUGCAAUCGCGUUGAAUCGUUUUCAACGUAAGAAGUAUCAUUUUAAGAAGUACCACAGUUAUUAUGUACGCUGUGAUUCAUCCGAAAAAUCUUCACGUACACUAUUCGAUAUAAUUAAUGAACGAUUCGAUUUCAAGAACAAGGUUGGUGGAAUGGAAAGUGUAUUAGAAAAAAUAUUUGGCGACGUCUUGCUUUCACGUAUUUAUCCACAAAGUUUCGUCGCUAAAACGGAUAUAAAUAAAACACGAGGUAUUCUUUUACAUGGACCACCCGGUACUGGAAAAAGUUUGAUCGCUCGAACUGUGUGUGAUAUAUUAAGAGUAAAUCCGAAAGUAAUACGUGGUCCAGAAAUCUUUUCAUCCAUGCUGGGUCAAUCAGAACAAAAUAUUCGAGAUUUGUUUGAAGAUGCUCGUCAAGAUCAACGGAAUUUUGGUUCAAACAGUAAAUUACAUGUGAUUGUAUUCGACGAAAUCGACGCUGUGUGCAAAAAUCGAACACAGAGUAGUUCAGUACGUGAUACCGUGCAUGAUAAUGUUACUGCUCAGCUCCUAGCUGAGAUCGAUGGAAUGAUUUAUCUUGACAAUAUUCUUUUAAUUGGCACGACAAAUAUUCUCGAAGCAAUCGAUCCAGCACUUCUUCGCCCGGGACGCAUGGAGAUAGUUAUUAAGAUUGAAUUGCCAGAUGCAGCCGCCCGUUCUGCUAUUUUUGAUAUCCACACAAAAGCACUUAUCCGCAAUGCAGCACUUAAUGAAGAUGUCGACAUCAAUCACAUCAUUCGUCGUACCGAAGGAAUGACCGGAGCACAUGUGGAACAAAUUGUUCGAUUGGCAGUUCACGCUGCUAUGCAACGAGACAUUUUAGCGCGAGAUAAAUUCGAUAUUACAGAAGAAGAAGCCGAAGCUCUUGAAGUUUGUCAUCGAGAUUUCAUCGAAGCUUUAUCCAAAAUAACCAUAUGA